GAUUUGGGAGGGAAGGUGGAGAUAAAGCAGCUUCCUAUUAAGCCAUCUGUGCUGCUGCAGUGAACCUCUGAGUGGAGAAGUGCAGCUAGAGCCCAGAGGGGCUUCAUCUGUCAUUAUGAAGUUAACAUGAUUAGCUUGAAAUGUUAGCUGGUUCCCCAUUCCUUAAGAAAAGCUUCCUUUUAACUGUUUUGCUGAUUUGUUGUUUUUAAGAAAAGUGACCCCUUCCACUUCACCCUGGCAGUGCUGGGGUAACUGAGGCACCAAGGACAGCUGAGACUGGCUCCUCUGAGCAAGGAGCUGGCAGAAUGGCCCCUCUCCUUCCUUAGCUGCAUUCUGUUUUCCAAGGCAAAGCUGUGCCGGGCCUGCCCAAGCCUGAGUUCCUGAAGAGGGUCCGGCUUCAUCCCUGUUACUCUACACAACUGGAAACAAAGUAUUCCUGUUCGGUGGCCCCUGAGGUGUGUUCCCUGGUCCAGCAGAGGGAAAAGUGGCUGCUCACCUCCCUCCUGCAGGGGCAGAACGCUUUACUACCAGCAUUCCCCUAACCAACCAACCAACAAACCUGUACACAAAGCCAGGCCUUCAUAGCAGGGGAAUUACGGUAGGGUCCCAGGUAGGACUGGGAUUCUAGUAAGCAGUAUUAGAAAAGGGAUCUGUGUAUUGAGAAAUCUCAGUUACGUUAGGAAGGGAGAACUUCAAUGGAUAGGACUUCCAGGCAAUCUGCCGAACGGAACUGAAGGCGUUCACAAGAAUGGUGCACAGCUGGCUUAAAGGGCAAACUCGGACUAACAUAAAGUUGUUUCAAGAAGUACUGUAUGAAGAGCUACCUCAUCCAUCCUGACAUUUUUGGGAACAUAGGCUAAAUACAGCAGGAUACAUUAGAAAAUGGUAAAGUGAGUAAAUUUAAAACAUGGCACAUUCACAGAAGAAAAUGGAAAUAUAAGCUACUUAAGAUAAAUCUUUUAUGGAAUAACUCGGUAAAAACAGCCAGCUGCGAGGCCCAGGACAUCCCUCCGUCUGGUGCAGGGCAGCGGGAUUGGAAUGCAGUUCAGCUCAGCCUGGAAAAACCAUCACCACUGAGUAAAAGCAGAAGACAGGCAUUAUCCAUGUCUGCUCACAGCUCUGAACACAAAACUGUCACCCUCAGAUCUUUACAGACAACAGGUUUCUUCCGACUAAGAGGGGGGCAAAACGCUCUGAUGUACAGUACUGGGGAGAAAAAUGGAUACUGUUCACAAUUAGAGUCCCUCCUGUGGGCAGAGCCCACAAGCCCAGACAGAGGUGGUCUGGCUGGCCACCUAGAAUGAAAAUGCCUCAGGAAAAGCCAAAUGAGCUCGCUGCUAAACACCAUUGUCAGCUAAAAGGAAAAGAAAUCCCUUUUAAGGAAACUAUUUAACUUCAAUGGGCUGCUUUUCUGCCAGGGUUUUCAAUUCCUCUGAACAUAAGCCGAGACACAGACUGCUGCACGUAUGUCUGGAUGCUGCCCACUCCCCCACCCCCCAGCUCCAGCACCAGUUGUUAGCCCAAAAUAAACCCCAUUCCACAACCAUAUAUGUCCACUGCCCGGAGCUGGGGAGGAGCAGCAGGAGGUAGGUCAGGUCCCUGGGCUCCAGCCACACUCCGUGGCUGCUGCGCACCAUGCACAUCACCCAGCUCAACCGGGAGUGCCUGCUGCACCUCUUCUCCUUCCUGGACAAGGACAGCAGGAAGAACCUCGCCAGGACCUGCCCCCAGCUCCAGGAUGUGUUUGAGGACCCUGCACUCUGGCCCCUGUUGCACUUUCGCUCCCUCACAGAACUCAAGAAGGACAACUUCCUCCUGAGCCCAGCGCUCAGGAGCCUCUCCAUCUGCUGGCACUCCAGCCGCGUGCAGGUGUGCAGCAUUGAGGACUGGCUGAAGAGCGCCUUCCAGAGGAGCAUCUGCAGCCGGCAUGAGAGCCUGGUCAAUGAUUUCCUCCUCCAGGUGUGCGACAGGUGCCCCAACCUGGCGUCCGUCACGCUGUCCGGCUGCGGCCACGUCACCGACGACUGCCUGGCGCGGUUGCUGCGCUGCUGCCCGCGCCUGCGCACCCUGCGCCUGGAGAACUGCGCGCGCGUCACCAACCGCACGCUGGUGGCCGUGGCGGCGCACGGGCGGGCGCUGCAGACGCUGCACGUGGACUUCUGCCGCAACGUGAGCGCUGCCGGCCUGCGCCGCCUGCGUGCAGCGUGCCCGCGCCUGGCUCUACGUGCCGAGCACAGCGCAACCAUGAUCCCCGACCAGCCGCCGCGCUCCCCGCCAGCGCCGGGCCUGGCCCUCCGCAAGCUGCUCCCGCGCUAG